CAGACGGGAAGUCACUUGCUGCAAAAUCUCGCCCUUAUCGAAGACCAGUAUGUGUCCUAAAAUGAACUAUGAAAUGCAAAGGCAUCAGUCAGCAUGGUUCGCAAUGCUUCAGCAGCACGCAGAGGAGAGCUCAAAAAGCCAGAACAACCCUUAGGAGAUGCUGGCUACCAAAGAUGGGGACCAGGACCCUUACAUUGUGUGGCUGAUGCUGGCAUGGGCACACUCUGUGUGACCAUGUAGGUCAGGAAAAUGGGGAGCAAGGAUCUGUGUACUGGGACAUCUACAACUACCUGAACUUGUUGUGCAUCUGCCCUGGAUUAGCAGCUGCAAGCAUGCUGUGCCACUGGGCUGUGACAUGGAGGUGGCUGUCAGCAGUGAAUCCCUAUGCCCCCAAGCCUGCUGUGUGAGCAUGGCAGGAGGUGAGUCAGCAGCUCCGUCCCUGCCCUUUGGAAGGGCCCACAAUCCUAUUUUUCUUCCAGAUGUUUCCCAGCAAUCUGUUCACCCCGGAAGUUGCUGUCUGCAUUCUCACAACUUUGUUGUGCUUUGUAAUUUGGCCUUUCCCAAAAAGAUCAGGGCCCUGGAAGAGCCAGGAUCUUUCCUAUAAGUUUCUUCUAGAAGGAAGGAUCCAGAAACAAUAUCUAGAAAUAACUCUUCUCUGGUUAGGACUGGGAAGCAUGAUGUUUUACAUGGUUUAAUGCUCCCCAGGUUCAAGACUACAAGUACAAAUGUACCCUGCUCAAUGCAAAAGGCACACAGAGAGCAGGGAAAUGAAAGAGACUUUCACCUUCCCCUCUCAGUUCAUGUGUUUCAGGCAAACCUUCCUUUUGGUGGGACCUUUCUCAAGCGCUAAACCAAUAACUGACCAACAGGAAAACCAGGAAACCAGACAUCAUAGCCAGCAUCUGCGAGGAUGAAGCCCAGGCUGCUGUUGGGCAAAUCCUCCUGAAACAACAGGGUUGGCAUGGUGGGCACCUGCAUUUCUUCUGCUCCCAAGGCUAAUCCUACAGGGAUGGAUGCCUAUCUGAGGAUGACCCAUGUUGAGGUAGACCUUCCCAUAGCCUCCUCCAGCCCAGCAAAGUUUUUGGGGACCCAGGACCCAGCAGACCUUGUGGCACUUACGGAUGCAAAACAUCCUGGAACCUUGCGUCUCUGCUACAUGGAAGAUGCCUGAACUUCCCGAGUUGUCUCUACCAUGAGGAAUCCUCUGCAUGGUGAGAUUGGCAAGAUGUGGUUGCUGCUGGUGGCCCUGGGCCUGGCCCAGGGGCUGUGUACUGCCGCCCCGCAUGGAGGAGUGAGCCGCAACAACCCCGAGCAGUUCAUGAACAUUAGCCAGAAGAUCCGUUUCCAGGGGUACCCCAGUGAGGAGUAUGAUGUGCUGACUGAUGAUGGCUAUUUCCUCAGUGUGAACCGAAUUCCCCAUGGCAAAGGAGAUGCUGGGGACUCAGGAUCCAGGCCACCUGUGCUGUUAGUGCACGGGUUCAGUUUAGAUGGUGGCGACUGGGUGGACAAUCUCCCCAACAGCAGCCUGGGCUUCAUCCUAGCCGACGCGGGUUAUGACGUAUGGAUUGGAAACUGCCGGGGGAACAGCUGGUCUCAGCGACACCUGAACCUCUCUGUCAACCAGGAGGAGUUUUGGGACUUCAGUUUCCACGAGAUGGCCAUGUAUGAUCUGCCAGCCAUGGUGUCCUUCAUUCUGCAGCAUACCGCGCAGGAGAAGCUGUACUACAUUGGCCACGCUCAGGGCAACUCUCUGGGUUUCAUAGCAUUUUCAAGCAUGCCACAGCUGGCUCAGAAAAUCAAAGUGUUCUUUGCCUUGGCUCCUCUUUACACCUUUCAUCAUGCUAAAGGUCCUGUGUUAAAGACAGCAUUUUUACCAGACAUAGUGCUGAAGACAAUAUUUGGAACAAAACAACUGACCCUGGUGGGAAGGGAGGAAAGAGCCAUACUUGCCAAGACAUGCAGCAACCUGCUAACAGCUGAAGUUUGUGAAAAUGAGAUCUUCCUUAUUGGUGGAUACAAUAAGAAGAACUUGAACAUGAGCCGACUGGAUGUAUACCUAGCUCAUUUUCCAGACUAUACAUCAGUAAAAACUCUUCUCCACUGGGGACAGACUGCCAAAACUGGGGACUUCAAGCAGUUUGACUACAGGGAAAAGAAUCAGGAGAAGUACAACCAGACAACCCCACCCUUGUACAGGAUAGAAGACAUGACAGUGCCAACCGCCCUAUGGAGUGGUGGUGAGGACUGGGUGAAUCCACCUGUAGAGACCCAGCGCUUGCUCCCUCGCAUCACCAACAUCAUUCAUCAUGAGCAUUUUCCUGACUGGAACCACUUUGACCACCACUGGGGCCAGGAUGCACCACAGCGCAUGUACAGGCAGAUUGUUGCUCUGAUGGAGGAAAAUCCAUGAACAUUCUACGUGCUGCCUUGGGAUGGAGAACCCAUUUGUUCCCACAAGCUCAGGGGCAUGAGUUUUGUGUGAAGUCUGCCACUCUCUUCUUCCCUUCUUAAAAAUGUCUCCUAUCACCGUAUUUCACACAGAUUUAAUGGGCUAAAUACAAUUGUCUAAUUUCUGCCUGUUUUCUGUGACUAGAGACUAAAAUAAACUCUUGUAUCACA